ACGGAAGAGCAAACUUCACAGAACUCUUUGCCCAUCUCAGGAGAAACCGAACUUGGGGAAGAUGUUUGCGGUCCACUUGCUGGCGUUUUACUUCACCAAGCUGAAAGAAGAUCAGAUCAAAAAGGUGGACAGGUUCCUGUAUCACAUGCGGCUUUCCGACGAGAUCCUUUUGGACAUCAUGGCGCGGUUCCAGGCUGAAAUGGAGAAGGGCCUAGGGAAGGACACCAACCCCACAGCUUCUGUGAAGAUGCUGCCCACUUUCGUCAGGGCCAUUCCAGAUGGCUCAGAAAAUGGGGAGUUCCUUUCUCUGGAUCUUGGAGGAUCCAAGUUUCGAGUCUUGAAAGUGCAAGUCUCAGAAGAGGGGAAACGAAACGUCCAGAUGGAGAGUCAGUUCUACCCAAUGCCCAAUGAAAUCUCUCGGGGGAAUGGCGUGGAGCUGUUUGACUAUGUCGCUGACUGCCUGUCCGAUUUUAUGAAGCACAAAGAGUUGAAGCAUAAGAAGCUGCCUCUGGGCUUUACCUUCUCCUUUCCCUGCAGACAGACAAAGCUAGAAGAGGGCGUCCUGCUUUCUUGGACUAAGAAGUUCAAGGCACGGGGAGUUCAGGACACUGACGUCGUGAGCCGUCUGACCAAUGCCAUGAAAAAGCAUAAGGACCUGGACGUGGACAUCUUGGCCCUGGUCAAUGACACUGUGGGUACCAUGAUGACGUGUGCCUACGAUGAUCCCUACUGCGAAGUCGGUGUCAUCAUUGGCACUGGCACCAACGCCUGCUACAUGGAGGAUAUGAGCCACAUCGACCUGGUGGAAGGCGACGAGGGCAGGAUGUGCAUCAACACGGAGUGGGGGGCCUUUGGGGACGACGGGUCCCUGGAGGACAUCCGCACUGAAUUUGACAGGGAGCUGGACCUUGGCUCGCUCAACCCAGGGAAGCAACUGUUUGAGAAGAUGAUCAGUGGUCUAUACCUGGGGGAACUUGUCAGGCUCAUCUUGCUGAAGAUGGCCAAGGCUGGUCUACUGUUUGGCGGUGAGAAAUCCUCUGCUCUCCACACGAAGGGCAAGAUCGAAACACAGCAUGUGGCUGCCAUGGAGAAGUAUAAAGAAGGCCUUGCUAAUACAAGGGAGAUUUUGACAGAUUUGGGCCUAGAGCCCUCUGAGGCUGAUUGCAUUGCUGUCCAGCACGUCUGCACCAUCGUCUCGUUCCGCUCUGCUAACCUCUGUGCGGCGGCCCUGGCGGCCAUCCUGACCCGCCUCCGGGAGAACAAGAAGCUGGCAAGACUCAGGACCACCGUGGGCAUGGACGGCACUGUCUACAAGAUACACCCUCAGUACCCCAAACGUCUGCACAAGGUGGUGAGGAGGCUGGUCCCAAACUGUGAUGUCCGUUUCCUCCUGUCAGAGAGUGGCAGCACCAAGGGAGCCGCGAUGGUGACAGCAGUGGCUUCCCGUGUCCAGGCCCAGCGGAAGCAGAUCGACAAGGUGCUGGCUUUGUUCCAGCUGACCCGGGAGCAGCUUGCUGGUGUGCAGGACAGGAUGAGAGCUGAGCUAGAGUAUGGACUGAAGAAGAAGACCCACGCACUGGCCACAGUCAAGAUGCUGCCCACCUAUGUCUGUGGGAUGCCGGAUGGCACAGAGAAAGGAAAGUUUCUUGCCCUGGACUUGGGGGGAACUAACUUCCGGGUCCUCCUGGUGAAGAUCAGAAGUGGGCGGAGGUCAGUGCGCAUGUACAACAAGAUCUUUGCCAUCCCCCUGGAGAUCAUGCAGGGCACUGGUGAAGAGCUCUUUGACCACAUUGUGCAGUGCAUUGCUGACUUUCUGGACUACAUGGGCCUCAAGGGAGCCCAGCUACCCUUGGGCUUCACCUUCUCCUUUCCCUGCAGGCAGAUGAGCAUUGACAAGGGAACACUCAUAGGAUGGACCAAAGGCUUCAAAGCCACUGACUGUGAAGGGGAAGACGUGGUGGACAUGCUCAGGGAGGCUAUCAAGAGGAGAAAUGAGUUUGACCUGGACAUCGUUGCAGUGGUGAAUGAUACAGUGGGGACCAUGAUGACCUGUGGCUAUGAAGAUCCUAACUGUGAGAUUGGCUUGAUUGCAGGGACAGGAAGCAACAUGUGCUACAUGGAGGAGAUGAGGAACAUCGAGCUGGUGGAAGGGGACGAAGGGAAGAUGUGCAUCAACACAGAAUGGGGAGGAUUCGGAGACAAUGGCUGCAUAGAUCACAUCCGGACCCAGUAUGACAAGGAGGUGGAUGAGGGGUCCCUGAAUCCUGGCAAACAGAGAUAUGAGAAAAUGACCAGUGGGAUGUACCUGGGGGAGAUUGUACGGCAAAUCCUGAUUGACCUGACCAAGCGGGGUCUCCUCUUCCGAGGGCAGAUCUCAGAGCGUCUCCGGACCAGGGGCAUCUUUGAGACCAAAUUCCUGUCCCAGAUUGAAAGCGACCGGUUAGCUCUUCUCCAGGUCAGGAGGAUCCUGCAGCAGCUGGGCCUGGACAGCACAUGUGAAGACAGCAUCAUAGUAAAGGAGGUGUGUGGAGCCGUGUCCCGGAGGGCAGCCCAGCUCUGUGGUGCAGGCCUAGCUGCCAUUGUGGAGAAAAGGAGAGAAGACCAGGGGCUGGAGCACCUGAAGCUCACCGUGGGUGUGGAUGGCACCCUAUACAAGCUCCACCCUCACUUCUCCCGGGUGCUGCAGGAGACAGUGAAAGAAUUAGCCCCUAAGUGUGAUGUGGCAUUCAUGCUGUCGGAAGAUGGCAGUGGAAAGGGGGCAGCUCUGAUCACCGCGGUGGCCAAACGAUUACAGCAGGCACACAAGGAGUUCUAGGGUCCCUCUGCUGGCCCCAUAAGCCUUGGGUACUGACUAGCCCUUCCUCUGGCAGAAGAGUUGGUCAGGAACCAGCCAGCAGCCUGUGGCUGACUUCAUCUUCUCCAUGGCCAAAUGAGAACCCAGGUUCUUGGGCGCUCUUAGCAUCUUUUAAUUGGUUUUGCAGUGGCACCAAAUGACAUUUCCAUGUGGGCCAAA